ACCAGCAGGUUUAUACGAUUGUGUUUAGUGGAAGCGCGGUGAGAUGAUCUACAGUGCGCGCGGGACUACACUCUGACCUACACACCAGCUGGCAUCUGCAACAAGAAGGACAAUUUUGCAUGUACACAUAAAAAUUCUAUUUAUUACAUCUGCAGAAAACAUAACAAUUGUCAAGUGAACCUUAAAUAAUUCUACCAUCAUGGAACUUGACGCGUCUAUCAUUCUCCCUGCGCUCUUCUUUACCAUUCUUGCUGUUGUCUUGGCAGCCAAAUUCAUCCCCAAAAAACUACCAGAGGGGCAGAAGAAGAGGGUUAAAGUAGGCAACGGAGACGACAUUCCUCCUUCCAGAGCAUUGACACCUGCAGUAGGAGUAGUGGAAGUACCAAAAGUGGAGAUAGUACCAAAAGUGAAGGUACCCCCACAAGUGGUAGAAGCUGAAGUUCUAACCGAGCCAGUAACAGUUGCCCCAGUAGUUGAAGAGAUCAAUGUUGCAGAAGAAGAGACAAUUUCAGGCUCUUUAACUAUCCCCGAGGUUCAGGCUGUGCCAGAGCCCGUGGUUGAGCCAGAACCCGUGCCUGAGCCCAUCACUGAGCCAGAGCCCAUCCCAGUCGUUGUUGAGGAGCCCAUCCUUGAGCUCAUCGCCGAACCUGAACCUGUAUCUGUGGUGAAGGAGGUCCCCGUCAGAGAGCCCACCCCUGAGCCAGCAAGGGAACCCAAGCCAGCGAGGGAACCCACCCCUGAGCCCAUCUUCGUGCCAGAGCCAGAGGACCUUGAGAGCAACGCUGAGGAGGUGCACUUUACCCCAGGAAUGAAGAUUAGCAAGUUGGAGAAGCUGAUGACCAAGGAGGAGAUGGAGGAGGAGCAGAGGAUAGAGCUCACACCUGACUUUACCUCUCUAUAAGCAACAUCGACAAGCACACUGUGAGUUAGGAAGGAUUAUGG